AUGGGUGCAAAGACAAAGAGGAACAUUUUGGACAAGACUGCUUGCGUGUUUGUGUUGAAGAGUGCAAAAAGAGAAGUUGCGAUUGUCGGCUACACGUGCGAUUUGAAGCAAAACAAACCCCGUAAAAAUCCCCGACCACGCUCGCGAAAACACAACGCCGGGACAUGGAUCCCUGUAAUGGCCGUAACAGGUUUUAAAACUCAAAAGGACGCCAUGUCAUUCGAAUGGUUUGUCAAGAAGGUUGUCAAGCAAAAAGAAUACAACGACUAUGUCAAACUUUACCGCGGUCGCUGUCCAGCUACCGUCAUCAAACGCAUUCUUGCUAUUCGCGGUCUUCUCUGCGAACAGGACAAAUGGUGGUCGAGCAAGCGACAGAGAUACUGUUGUCAUUGGUUUGGCAAAUCGUUUGGAGACGAGAUGCAGUUUAGAAAGAUGCAGUUUAAUUGGGGAAGGACCGGCAGACCGGUAGAGCAUAUAGAUAUGGAGCUUGAUGGAAUAGAAGAACUUUUUGGAAAGUGUAUGGAAGAAGCGAGAGAUCAUAAAUGCCAAGUGGGAAGUGAUUAG